GGAGAGGGGAUCCAGAGGGAGAAGAGAGGAGGCAGCGGGAGGGGAGAGCAUCCAUCGAGAGGAGAGGGGAGCGGCUGCCCGGGCCAUGUCGAGCGGCCCGGAGGAGGCGUGCGGGGCGCGGUGCGGGGAGGCGCUGCGGGAGCUGCAGGCGGAGCUGCAGGCGCUGAAGCGCGGCGUGGGGCGGCAGGUGGAGGAGGUGCUGCGCCUCGCCAGCCCCCUGGCCGGCGCCGUGGCCGAGCUGCAGCACGAGAACCGGCGGCUGCGGGCGCAGCUGGAGCGGCUGGCCGGGCAGGUGGAGCUGCUGGGCCGAUCGGCGGGGCUGCCCGCUCCCGAGGAACCCGCCGGCAGCUUCUCCAGCCACGCCAGGCUGGCCCUCACCGGCCGCAGCCAGAGCGUAGACCUGGAUGACCAUCACAAACCUGAGUUUAGAAGAGUUUUUAGUUCUCCCAUCAUUGAAAAUGGGCAUCAGUCUUCAUCAGGUCAGGCAAAAGUCUCCCAUGAACUGACCUCUUUUCAUAGAUCAGACUCUUCCCCUGAAGCCCAUGCCCCUGCAGUCACCUUACAGAUGCCUCACCUUCCCGUUACGGCAACAACCAGGAUAUCAGAGAAGUUUUCAGGAGAGACCAUCUGUUCUACAGGAACAACUAAUGUGUCUGAUGGCCAGCUGGGACAGAGCAAGAGCAAAAACGCGAUGGCAGUGAAAACUUCCAACCAGUCGGUGAAGGCCUGGAAUUCAAGUACAACAAGAACAGUGGGUUCAUCUGCCACUGGAGAGAAUACCACUUCUGUCACUAAGUCUGUCUCAGCUGUGAGCUAUGGGACGAAUAGUGGAACCAACACUGGUGAAAGUGGCACUGAUGGUUACUGUGAUGUGACCCCCAGCUCUCGCUCCUCUCCUCCCACUUCACAUCGCCAAGGUGAAAGGAGGCGAGAACUGGUACGGUCUCAGACGCUCCCACGGACUUCAGGAGCACAGGCCAGGAAAGCGCUUCUCGAGAAAUUGGAACAGGAGAGUGGAAAAGGAAAAGGAGAACCCAGACAUAAGCUGAAGAGAUCACAGAGCUUUGGAGUUGCCAGCGCUAGCAGCAUUAAACAAAUUCUGUUAGAAUGGUGUCGCUCGAAAACCAUAGGAUACAAGCACAUCGAUCUCCAAAACUUCUCCUCAAGCUGGAAUGAUGGGAUGGCAUUCUGUGCUCUUGUUCAUUCUUUCUUCCCUGAAGCCUUUGAUUAUAAUAAGCUUGACCCAGCUAAUCGCAAGCAAAACUUUGAGCUGGCCUUCACCAUGGCUGAGAAGAUGGCUCAAUGCGAUCGUCUGAUAGAAGUGGAUGACAUGAUGUUGAUGGGUCACAAGCCAGAUCCCAUGUGUGUCUUCACCUAUGUCCAGUCUCUGUACAAUCAUCUACGGCGCUUUGAGUAAAACCAUCGACACCUCUCCAGCCAGCAGGGUCCCGGGCAGUACGCUCAUGGGAAGAGUGACGUUUUGCAAAUGGAACGCAGUACUGUGUUUUCCUUUCUCCUUCCCUUUUGCUUACAUUCAACUGCAUGGCUGGCUGACCGAAGUGUUGCUGAGCAGCACCCCAAACCGUUGAUCACAUCGGCAUGUCAGAAAUAUGUUUGAAAAAGACAGAAAAAAUCCACAGGGAAAGGCAAAUGCUGUCAUUUUGGUGCUAGUAGUAGGUUGGAUUUUUACUAUUCCUGUGUUUAAAGACCACAGGAAGCUGGUUUGCUGCUCCUAUCUCUGUUGGGCUGGGGACCCAGUUUUACGCAGCGAUAGGUAAUGCUGCUACGAAGGUGUUCCCUCUUAAAAUGCAGGUGAAACUCUGGAAGACAGCACCUUCAAUUCCACUUCUCUGUUGAGUGUAGCACAAAAGAAAUAGCAGAUGGACAAGGAAAGUUCUGUUUAGCAACUGAUAACGUUCUCAACCACUAAGGCAAUACUGCCUUUCCUUCAACCCUGUCUGCGCAUCAUUCGUGCACGCACUCACUCACUCACACACAUGUACCCACACACACCCACACCAAACAGGUACUGUUCUGUUCUCUUAAAGUAGAAAGUGAGCACCUCUUCCCUGCUCACGGGGGAGAUGGGGAACUACCGUGUCCGUUUGUAAUGGUCAAAUCUGAAGUGAUUUGCUUAGAGGCUUGCGAAAGCCGCCACUGGCACUCCGGGGUUAAUUUCUUAAUGGUGAAAAAUAGCAACAGCUGGGGCUGUUCUGUGUAGGAGAUUUGUGUUUGCAUGACUUAGGAUUGCAGGAAAGGGGCAGCUAGGAAAGUACAAAAUCCUCUGAAUGGUUGUAAAUAGAAGCAAGGCUAGUUUGCUUUGACCAGGAGUAUAGGGGAGAGCAGCUCUCCGGUGUGGACAGGAAUGAAGUUUUUUACUUGCUCAGUCCUCGUAUUGACUCUGAGGUGGACAGGCCGAAGCGGCAUGAAAGAUGUGGGAGUUUUGAAAUGCCUUGGGCUAGUUUCUGGUUUCAGUUAAAUUAGCAUUAAAACCACAAUACAGUGGGAUUAUUCCAGAUUUACUGGACAAAAAGGUCAUGUGUCACCCUUUCUGGUUUUCUUUUUGAUAAAUCAACAGAGCUUUGUUUUCACAGUGAUUGUUAAAAACAAAACCACUAAAAAAGCAUACUUGAGAAAAAAGAAGCCUUUUAAAAUUAUUUCUUCCAUAAAAACAGGGUCAUAGAAAGUAAAAACUGAAAGCCACAAGCCCUCUGUUCAUGCUAGAGAAUGUUUUUUAAACUGCAUAUGUGCUUUUUGUAGAUAUUUAUAAAGAUUACUUUGGUUCUGUAUUGAUGACCAU